CACGAACACCAACAUCAAACAUUUCCGUCCCCUGCAGUUCGGGCCCCGCCACUUUUUACACGCUUCUUACGCGCUUCUUGCUCUGAUUCCUGCCUCGAAUAACCGCAUUUGCCGCAAUUCGUAGCCCAGGAAAGAACUGAGAAGGGUCUUCCGCAGUCAUGGCGUCGCACGCCGACAGUGCACACGACUUGUUGGAUCUUGACAUUUUGACAUUACGGCAAUUUGUCGACCUUUUUCCGACCGAGGGUCUAUCUAAAGUCAUCACGGGCUAUUUGAGCAGCGGCAUAUCCAAGUUUCCACUUGCAGAAGAUGGAGACACAAGAGAUGGGCCAGAUCUGAGCGAGGGCGGGGUAUCCCUAACUCAAGAUGUGCCAGUUUCACAGGAGGACUGCCUGGUGUUGAUGACUGAAGGUAUAACAGAGGCUGAAAAAUCACCACUUGCACAUUGCCUACUUGGAGACUACUACCUCUCAUUGGAGGAAUAUGAAAGUGCUGUCGAAAGCACGCGGAGGGGAUUAAGAUAUGCUAUGGCUGAGGCCAAGAAAACAGAUCUGUCUUUCCAACGGACUCGUGAUGCUCUAAGCAGCACCCUUGCUACUGCUCUCGUUUACUAUCAGACGCCUAGGAACCAUCCUGAAGCUAAAAACAUCUUUCAGUCGAUUCUUAAGCGCAAGCCCCAGUUCACCUCCGCCCUCAUCGGUAUCGGAUUGGUCCUUGAGGAGGAGGAGGAGUAUGAGCAAGCCUUUCAAUUCCUUGAGCAAGCAUUAAAGCAGGAUCCUUCAAACGGCCGCAUCGGUGCUGAGUCAGCCUGGUGUCAGGCACUCACUGGCGACUACAAAACUGGCUUGAAGAGACUUCAAGAGUACCUGGACUACCCACAACUGGACGCAUCGAAGCAGCGCGGUCGAGAACUCCGGGCACAGACACUCUAUAGAAUAGGUGUCUGUAUAUGGGAGCUUGACUCCUCGAAGACUGCUCGGAGAGAUCGCAAUGGCGCGUAUACAAAGUUACUCGCAGCAAUCAAAGCAAACCCAAACUAUGCACCCGCAUAUACGCUACUCGGCAUAUAUUACGAGGACUAUAACAAGGACCGCAGGCGAGCAAGGCAGUGCUUUCAGAAAGCAUUCGAACUGUCGCCUUCUGAGAUCGUUGCAGCUGAGCGUCUAGCUCGGCUGUUUGCUAAUCAAGGCGAAUGGGACAUUGUCGAAGUUGUCUCGCAACGAGUCGUUGACUCAGGCAAAGCGCGACAGGUUCCUGGUUCAAAGAAGAAAGGUGUUAGCUGGCCAUUUUCGGCGCUUGGUGUUGUUCAAAUGAACAAGCAAGAGUAUCAGAAGAGCGUUGUCUCGUUCUUGUCAGCACUGCGCAUUAGCCCAGAUGACUACUAUUCAUAUGUUGGUCUCGGUGAAAGCUAUCAUAACUCCGGACGAUACAACUCGGCAUCGCGCGCGUUCAACUAUGCUGAGAACCCUACGGAUGGCGUUGUCCUGAUGAGGACUGAUGAUGAAAGCUGGUUUACAAAAUACAUGCUGGCCAACGUCAAUCGUGAGCUAAGUGAGUUUGAUGAGGCUCUCAAGGGUUACGAGGCAGUUUUGCUGGAUCGACCAAAGGAGUUUGGUGUCUCGAUCGCGCUUCUUCAAACGCUUGUCGAGAAAGGAUGGCACUGCGUCGAGACUGGUUUCUUCGGAGAGGCGAUAGACAGCGCCGUGCGCGCAAUCGAGGUCGCUGCGACUAUUACCGAGUACAAGCCUGAUGCUUUUAAUCUAUGGAAGGCUGUGGGUGAUGCCUGCAGUCUAUUCAGUUGGGUGCAGGACAAGGUCGACCAAUUUCCAAUCGACAGUAUCGAGCAACUGCUUCGCAGCAAGUCGGAGGUAGGUGUUGACUUCGAUACGGAAGAGGACCUUGAUGGAAUUGGAAACGGUGCUCUCGCUUCAUUAUCCAAAAAAGAUGACUUCAUCCUAACGAAAGUACUAAAAGCCUCAAUCCUUGCCCAAAAGCGAGCGAUAUCUAGCUGCGCACACGACAUUCAUGCGCAAGCUGUCGCGUGGUACAACCUCGGCUGGACCGAAUAUCGCGCCCAUGUUUGUCUUGAACAGGAAGGAGAUGAUGAGAAGAAACUGACCACGUUCCUUCGAGCAGCUAUGAGGUGUUUCAAACGCGCAAUUGAGCUCGAGGCGGGGAACGCUGAGUUUUGGAACUCACUCGGUGUCAUCACUACCACUCUUAGUCCAAAGGUUGCUCAGCAUGCUUUCGUCCGCUCCCUCCAUCUUAACGAGAGGAGCGUUCAUACGUGGACUAACCUCGGUGCGUUAUAUUUACUCCAGAACGACCUCGAGCUCGCACACACGGCAUUCUCGCGCGCGCAAUCCCAGGAUCCUGACUACUCUCUCGCAUGGGUCGGCGAAGGCAUAGUUGCACUCGUUACUGGCGACUCUAAAGAAGCGCUGUCUCACUUUACCCAUGCUUUUGAGCUGUCAGAGUCGUCUCUACUCCUGACGAAGCGACAGUACGCGGUUUCAGCAUUCGACUUUCUCGGAUCAUCUCCAUCGUCGUCGAGCAACAUUACGAACCUUAUUCAGCCUCUAUUCGCUCUUCAGCAGCUUAACCUUCAAGCACCCUAUGAUCUUUCACACAAGCACCUCGCAGCACUCUACUUGGAGCGUGUUGGUAACUACGACGUGGCCGUGAGCGCGCUACAAUCUGUGACCGACACCGUGGAACAGGAGUACGAAAAGUCCGAAUCACUGUUGUCGCUUGCUCGUGUUGCGCAAGCUAAGACUGAUCUCGCUCGCAAUCUGCUUGCUAUUGGCUCGAAUGAGACAGCAGUAGAGGAAGCCGAAACAGCACUAGAUCUACUCUCUGAACUAGAUAGUGAAGAAAAGCAGUCCGCAUUGUCCGCCGAUCAGCUAGCUAACGUCAAGCUAUCUGCACGGCUCACCGCAGGUCUAGCACACUAUUUCAGCAGCUCCCUAGACGCGGCGAUACCGUACUUCCGUACCUCGCUCGAAGCGACAGGCUCUAACCCCGACAUCAUCUGUCUUCUCGCUGAAGUCCUGUGGGCUAAGGGUGGAGAGAAUGAGAAGCAGGUCGCUCGUGACCAACUUUUCACGGCUAUCGAGAAGCACGAGGGCCAUGUGGGUCUUUUGACUCUCAUCGGUGCGAUGACGGUCCUCGACGAUGACCAUGAGACAAUGGAAGCUAUUCAAGAUGAUUUGGAGCGUCUACGCACAAACAAGGAUCUCAGCGAUGAGCAGCUGGCUCGUGUGGAGAAGGUUAUUGAAGCCAUAUCAAUCAACUUGGGUGGUGAAGAACAGGAGCUGGAUGAAGCGAGGCGCAGUGUCAUGCUAGCGCCUUGGAAGCAUACAGGAUGGGCCGAACUUACGGACGUUACGGGUGGUAAUGUGUUCGCUAGCACGCUUGCAAAGGAGACAGCAAUGAGGAAUGCUCCGCCGAAUGGUGCACUAGAUGCCGUCAGUCUUGCUGGUGCAAUGGCGGCUACUAAUUUUGUUGGCGACGCUCAAAGAGCAAUUGUUCUGGCGCCUUGGUGUAAGGUUGGAUGGAGUGCCCUAGUAGAUUGCAUCUAGGAUUCUUGAGAAUAUGUCGUCUAAAGCUCGCCAGUCCUCUCCCAGAGGCGGUGUUACACCCUGCUAAGAGGACCGACUGAAGAGCGUAAAAGAGAACAGAGGGAAAAGCGAUGCACAUGUACUAUAGGACUUUUAUCACCAAGUAUGCUUUACAAAUAACACUAAUAUCCAACUAUGUCUAUGG